AACUUAUGGAUGAAAUUAAACCCCUCAACACAAGUGUUCUUUCCUUUAACCUGCUUGCUCAAGAAAUUCCGCAUUUCUAAGAAGUUAGAUUCAGGAAGUUAUCUCGAACUCAUUUAUUCCCAUGGUCUGUCUGUCUUAUUUCAAGCACAUCUUCCGGGAAGUCAUAUUCAUUUCCAGGUUAAAAAAUGCAUGCUCUUACAAAAAUAAUUAGAACUUACCAAGAGACAUGCAGGCUUGCGGUUCUACAGCACUGGCAUUUGCAAGCAUCUGCACAUUAUGGAUGUGUCCCAUCUUCAGUUACGCCUAAGGGGAUUACAGAAGAGAAAUCUCCUACGAUGCAAGAUAAAGGCCUGGAGAAUACAACAGUUGCAGAGGUAUUGAUGACAAAGGGUGAAGAGAAAGUAGGGUCAUGGAUCUGGUGCCGCGCUGAUGACACUGUACAUGAUGCAGUGAAGCAAAUGGCACAAAAUAAUAUAGGUUCCCUGGUGGUCUUGAAGCCAGGAGAUAGCCAGUUAAUUGCAGGAAUUUUCACAGAAAGAGACUAUUUGAGGAAAAUGAUAGCCCAGGAAAGGCCAGCUAAAUACACGAAAGUCAUGGAAGUCAUGACUGGACAGAACAAGCUAAUAGCAGUAACAUCUGAUACCAACAUUCUUCAGGCAAUGCAGCUCAUGACAGAUAAUCAAAUACGGCACAUCCCAGUGAUAGAUGGAAGAAUUGUUGGAAUGAUUUCAAUAGUAGAUGUUGUAAGAGCAGUGGUUGGCCAGCAAACUGGGGAAAUGAAGCGGCUAAAUGAGUUUAUCAAGGGAGAUUACUAUUGAUAUACUGUGACAGAGAUUGAUAUUAUUCACUACCUGUUCUUUUAUUACAUCAAGCUGUUGUAAACAUCUAAAGAUUAGGAGAAAUAAAGGACUACCAACAAUUUUAUGAUUUAUGUAUUAAUGAACUUGAGAGUUAUUGCAUCCAUAUUAGGAAUGCAUA